ACUAUAAAAAGCCCCAGCCACAAUGCUGGGAGCACGGACGAAGCUCAACCUCUCAGGUGUAUCCCUCCGUUCAGCAACCAUGAAGGCUGUAGCUCUGAUCCUCGCCCUGGCAGUCAUCACUGGAUGCAAUGGCCGUGCUGUGCCCCAGGUGGACACCUCCACCGCCCGCCUGGAGAACAGCGUGGGACGAUUCGUGCAGUACAUCACAGACCUGAACCAACAGGCCGACGGAGUCCUGGAUAACCUCAAGAUCCCCCAGCUCAGCAGGGAGUUGGAAACGCUGAUCGCCGACACCAUGAGCGAGCUGGCGACGUACAGAGAUGAGAUCCAGAGCAAGCUGGCCCCCUACACUUCCACCCCAAAUGGCCAGAUCGCUGAGGACCUGCAGCUUCUGGGUAACAAGCUGCAGAAGGACAUGACCGACGCCAUGGAGCGCAGCACCGGGUACCUGAAUGAGCUCAAAAGCAUGGUUGAGCAGAACACAGACGACGUCCGCGGCCGCAUCACCGCCUACAACACCAAGCUGAGCAAGCGCCUGAACAAAGACACUGAAGAGAUCAGAGAGACCGUGGCCACCUACAUGGGGGAGAUCCAGUCCCGCACCAACCAGAACGUGGAGGCCAUGAGGGAGAACGUUGAGCCCUACGUCCAGCAGGCCAGCGACGCCGCCGCCCAGAAGCUGAAGGACAUCUCCACCAUGAUGGAGAGCCAGGCUGAGACCAUCAGGACCCAGAUGGAGAGCGGCAUGAAGGAGCUCAGCGCCUCCGUGGACAGCAAGCUGGAGGAGCUGACGGACCUGCUCUCCCCGUACGCCACCCAGGUGCGCGAGCACCUCGAGAACGUUAUGCAGAAGGUCAAGGAGACUGCCGUCGCAUAAAGAAAAGUGGUUCUUAAGGUUGUAGAUGAUCGGCGGUGUUAGAAGGAGGAAUGCUUUGUUUAAAACCUCGAUAAGGAAGCAAAAGGAGGAAGAUGAAAGUUACUGAUGAUGUACAUUUUGUGCUCUUAUAUUCAGGAUAGAGGGGAUUGACUAGAGGAGAGGUAGAUGAUCUCCCUUCUUUAUUCUCUUGUCCACUCCCUUUACACUGAAUGCAAGUAUCUUAGCCACCAACAGUAUAUCUCACAGUCCACAAAAGACGACUACUUUGCUUUUUUUUUUCUACUUUACUGCUGUUUAUCUUUGUCAGCUUUGCAUUCAAAAUGUUGUUUUUUUUUCCCCUGUUUUUUUUUUACAUUUUGCUGCUGGGUUUGAAUGCAACAAACACGACUGUCAUUCAUUUCAAUAAAUGCACUGAAUAAAUGUUGGAUUCACACACAGCAAAGGUGUCUGCUGAUUUUUUUUUUUGCACGCAGGCAGAACCGAACCGCCCAAGUUUAUGUAUUGUCUGUCAGUUCACGCUGUACGUCAUGAAAGAGUGGACAAUGAAAUGACUUUAUGCGUGGCAGGCAGCUUGCCUGCUCUUCUCCAUGGUGUAAGCCCACAAUGCUGCUCUCUGUCAGUGUAACCGCCAGGUUUGAGUGAAUAAAGAAUCCAGAAGAUAUUUUCCGGCUGCACA